CUAUCGAUUUACAAUACAAGGUGAACAUCGUGUAAUCUUAUCAAUCCAAAUCCAUAAACACAUGCGAUCAACGCACCAGGUGAUAACUUGUUCAGUCAAUUCAAUUUUUGCGUGUGGCGGUUGCGACAAUGUCGUCUGAUGAUACAGAAAAUGACAAACCUCCAAACAUGUUCCUUCCGAGCAUGUUGAAGAAAAAUGGAGGAAAAUUUGGCGCAGCAUUGGGUAAUGCCCUCAUGAAUAAAUUCCAAGCCCCAAAAAAACCAUCACCGCAAGAAGAUGCCCAAUUAGAUAGCCCGGAUGCACCGGAAGUUACAAAAGAAGAAACUACGGCAUGCGAUUCGGCAACCGCACCUGCCUCUGAUAAUAAUCCAAGGAAGGCAUUUGAAACACGACCGGUGACUUACAAUUUUACUAAGGAACCGACCGAAUCGCGAUUGCCUUUAAAUAAAUUUACUUCAAAAAGUACUGAUAACUUAUCAAACGAGGUAGUAAAUGAAAACAACAGUACAUUGGAUCGUAUUGAACGUAAUGAAAUUCUCAAUGACGUUCGAUCUAACCGAGUCAAGGCGCCGUCAACUCGUCCAAAAUCUACAAACAUCUUUAAAGAACAACUGGUUGCCGCUAAUAUUCCCUUAGACGAGAACUCUUAUUCUACCCCACCAGAUUCACCUCAACCACAAGAAAAGAAAGAAGAAAAGAAAGCAGACGAAAACAUGUUCAAAACAGGAAGUGUCCAGCCUCUAAAUGGAGGUUUUCGUAGGCAAACCCCAAUACGAAAUAGAACAGAUCGACCAUUAUCAGUGGGUAAUGUGGAAGCCCUCAGAAGACUAUCACCAGAGGGUUCAAAAGAAAGUAAAAUCGACGAAGUUGAUACAACAAUAAAUAACAAUAAAGUAUCGGCUAGAAAAGCUCUAUACCAUUCAAAAUCAACAGAAUUACUAGGUUCAGAUUUUGUCAAGUCAAAAGAACCAGAACCAAAAGAACCUUCUGAGAAGACAACAAAUCCAGCAGAUAAACUAACAAUUCGCAGUUUGAAAAACGUGGCUGUCACUUUAACAAAAAGUGUAAAAUUAAUGGAGGGAGAACUUGUUAGUAUGAAGGCACAACUUCAUAAUCUUAUUACCUUGAUUGGUGAAAUUGAAAAUGGCGAUAAGAAAUAAUCAUAUUUUCCCAAAUUCGAUAUCGAUAAAGUGUGUACCACAAGUAUGUACUUCCAUUAUUUAAUAAAUAUUACCUUACAUGGUUUCAUAGUUUA